CAGCCGUAGAAAAUCAGUGCAUCACUCGUAUAUUAUUUCCACCAUUCGCUGGAUUCGAGAAAAAUAUGGAUCCUAAUUUCUACUUUAACGUUUUCUAUUAACGAUAAACGAAUUAGUUAACCAACAAAAGAGAUAUGUUCUCAUAAAUAUUAUCUCAUCUUCUUACGGUGCAAAAAUAUUUCUGUGUCAAUUAUGGUGGAAAAGCUAGAGUGCCCUAAAGACCAGUAGGAAACAAAUUUUGAGCUGGACUUGGAGGCCUAACAUUAAUCAAGAUGGCGACCGUGACAGCAAGCGGAGAUGAGGAGCUCCAUGAAAAGCUCAUAAGGACAGUGAAAAAAGAGGUCAAACAAAUUAUGGAAGAGGCCGUCACUCGGAAAUUUGUUCAUGAGGACAGUGGAAGCAUUAUCUCAUUAUGUGCUGCUGUAGAUUCUUGUUUGUCACAAGGGUUAAAACGUCGCAUCAGUGGAUUAUUCAAGGGGAAUUUGACAACUACAUCAUUGCUAAAGCAACUGGCAAAGCAACAUCCUGAGGCUGCACAAGUUGCUCAAAAAGUGCAAGAGAUUGAGAGCAGACUUGAGGAGGCAAACAAAAAACUUGGCAGCAGUAACAGCAUAAAUGGAGAUAGUCCUAACAAACCACAGACAAGCAUCCGAGCCACACUACAGCAGCGUCAUUUAUGGAUCAGAGUAGCUUUGUUUGAAAAGCAGUUGUCCAAGAUAAUUGAGCUUAUCAACCAGGAGAGCGGCAAAUACUAUGAGAAGGAUGCAUUGAUGGCUCAUCCAGCAGAUGGUCCAAUCAUUGCAUCGUUACUCGUUGGACCCUGUGCUUUAGACUACUCCAAGAUGAAAACUGCAGAUCACUAUUGGACUGAUCCCCCUGCUGAUGAGUUGGUUCAGAGACAUAGAAUCCAUAGCAUGAAUCCAGGUGUCAUUUCUACAACACCUGCAUCGCCUAAGAGACCUGGCCUACAGGUCAAACGCAUCCAUGGUCACCAGGGGUCAUCAGACGAUCACAGAGGAGCACCUCUCUCUGCUAGAGACUAUGUUGAGUCUCUCCAUCAGAAUUCAAGAAGUACUCUCCUGUAUGGCAAAAAUAACGUCUUGGUCCAGCCGAAAGAGGAUAUUCAGCAUAUUCCAGGCUACCUGUCACUUCAUCAAACAGCUGAACAUCUGACCAUCAAAUGGACACCUAACCAACUUAUGAAUGGAGGAGGGGGCUCUGAAGAGAGUGAGACAGACCCAGAGAAAAGUCAUGUGUCACGAAUUCGCAUCUACUGGGACUAUGCUGUGACAGUGAACCUGGAAGACAUUGUUUAUCUUCAUUGUCAUCAACAACCUGACAGUGGUGGUACUCUUGUCCUCGUUGGUCAGGAUGGUGUUCAGUAUCCUCCCAUCCAUUUCCCAAAAGGUGGUCACCUCCUGGCUUUCUUGACCUGUCUAGAGAAUGGGCUCCUCCCCAGAGGUCAGUUAGACCCACCCCUCUGGUCUCAGAGAGGUAAAGGGAAGGUCUUACCCAAGCUGCGUCGUAAGACGUCAGGGUUGAGCACAAACCAGAAAGAAGGGACGCAGAUAUUUGAGGGGGAGGAAGCCACAGAUUAUGUCUUUAGAAUCAUCAAGGCAUUCAAGCCAGAGUAUGUUCCAGAGGACAUCAUUGACCCGAAGCGAGGUAAAUCUGGAGGAUUCCCUUGGCUGUUACGAGACACAGGACCUAAGCAUACACUCAUCAGGCAACAGGAGGUUCUAGCUAGCCCCACCAGUUCUACCACCACAUCACGUAUCUAUUCCCCCUCUUCACCAAACUCUGAAAUACCAAUGAUGACCACAGCUACAUCCAGAUCAUCCAUCAAGCUUCUUUGUGAUACCAUGAAGAAACAGAUCAUAUCAAGAGCCUUCUAUGGAUGGCUAGCUCACUGUCGGCACCUGCGCACUGUUCGCACACACCUGUCAGGCUUGGUGGAUGCUAACAUCAUCGCUGUUGAUGCAUCAGAGGGACUUGAUGCUCACAAGUGGGCUAGGUUUAUGGAGGCGGGCAAGGAAGUGAAUGAGGAAGACGUGAUGCGGCUGGUGUAUUUUGGUGGAGUGGCUCAUGAGAUCAGAAAAGAGGUGUGGCCAUACAUGCUAGGUCAUUAUAAAUUUGGCUGUACUGAGGAUGAAAGGCGAUCAGUGGAUUCUAACACACGCAUGACAUAUGAGCAGAUUGUGGCUGAGUGGAUGGCGGUUGAGGCCAUUAUCAAACAGCGUGACCGUGACACUCAGGCAGCCAAGCUAUCAUCAGAGAAUAGCUCUGAAGGUCAAAUACCGCUGCAGGGACAUGAUCCUAGCCUGGAUAGUGAGGUGUUUGAGCUGGAAGAUGAAGAAGAUAAUGAUGAGUAUAUUGAGGCAGGGGAAGUACGGUCAACAGGAACUGGGGAAGAAAUGACUCAAGAACAACGGGAGAUCAUUCGUAAGGAGGAAUAUGUGGUGAUUGAAUGUCGGAACCCACAAGAGAAAGAACGACAUCAUCUGAAGCACAAACACAGCGAUGCAUCGGUAGAUGAGGGUAUGGGAGCUAGUAUUGCCAGCUCAUCCAGUGUCAAGUCUAGAGACAGUCUCAAGCACACUGGCACUACCUGCAGUGAGUCUGAUGUGGGACAUGAUGUAGAAGAAGGAGAAGUCCGCGUGGAGCUGUGUAAUGGGGAGGAUUCCCCGCCCACAGAGGAGGUGAAAGAGGAGGAAGAAGAUCUGACACAGAAAGGGAAAUGUCUUGGAAUAACAGACACAUUGACAGCUGAAAGUAUGGCUGUAUCUCCUGCAAAUGAGCUUCUGGAUACAUUCAGUCUAAACCUGCACCGUGUUGACAAAGACGUGCAACGAUGUGAUCGUAACUACCAUUACUUUACCACUGCAAACCUAGAGAAACUUCGCAAUAUCAUGUGCAGCUAUGUCUGGGAACACUUGGAAAUUGGCUACGUCCAGGGAAUGUGUGAUUUGGUGGCUCCAUUACUGGUCAUCAUUGAUGACGAGGCAAAGACAUAUAGUUGCUUCUGUGAGUUGAUGAAGCGAAUGAGUAAGAACUUCCCCCAUGGAGGAGCUAUGGACACACACUUUGCCAACAUGAGGUCUCUCAUACAGAUCUUGGAUUCAGAAAUGUUUGAGUUGAUGCAUCAGAAUGGUGACUACACUCAUUUCUACUUCUGCUAUCGAUGGUUCUUGCUAGACUUCAAGCGAGAACUUGUCUAUGAUGACACUUUUGUGGUUUGGGAGACCAUCUGGGCAGCCAAGCAUUGUGCUUCCAGGGACUUUGUACUCUUCAUUGCCUUAGCAUUGGUAGAAUACUACAGAGAUAUCAUAUUGGACAAUAACAUGGACUUCACUGAUAUCAUCAAGUUCUUCAAUGAAAUGGCGGAGAGACAUGAUGCCAAGGCGAUACUGAAGGUGGCUCGAGAUUUGGUGUACAGGGUUCAGACGCUGAUAGAGAACAAGUAA